GGACACGGAGGAGGAGGAGGAGGAGGUGUGUAGGGGAGAGGAGCAGAGAGGGAGGAGCUGUAAAAAAAAAAAAGUCUUAAAGUCUUAAAUUUCAACACAUCGUCGUCUGAGCCUUCACGUCGCAGGAAUUUAAGGACUUCAUCUCAAAGGAAACUAAUCCACAUCAGCCAUGGGUGUCGAAGGCGGGAUGAAAUGUGUCAAGUUCCUGCUUUUCUUCUUCAACUUCAUUUUCUGGUUAUGCGGCCUAGCGUUGAUCGUCGUGGGAAUCAUGGUUCAAAUCGGUUUGCACAAAUCCUUCAUGAUCAACGAUGCGUCAGCCUCGGGAGUGCCCAUCGUCCUCAUCGGAGUCGGCGUGGUGAUCUUCUUCAUCGCUUUCUUCGGCUGCUGCGGCGCUUGGAAAGAGAACUACUGCAUGAUCACCACGUUUGCCGUUCUCCUCUCACUCAUCAUCAUUAUCGAGAUAGCUGCAGCGAUUGCCGGGUACAUCUUCAGAAACAAACUCUCCGCAGUCGUCCAGGAUAGUCUCACUGAAAUGAUUAACAAAUACAACAACGGCACAACUGAAUUCAAAAAGGCAGUGGACAAACUGCAGGAGGAUAUGAAAUGCUGCGGUGUGAACAGCUCUUUGGACUGGAAACACUUCAAACCUGAAGGAAACUCUGUGCCCGACUCAUGCUGCAAGAAUGUCACUGCGAACUGUGGGAUAGGGACGAUGACAGACGCUGCCAUGGUGUACCAGAAGGGCUGUCACGACACUGUGGAGGCUGUGCUGAAGAAAAACAUCCAGUGGGUCAUAGUUGCAGCUCUUGUUAUCGCUUUCCUGCAGAUAAUGGGCAUCGUGUUCGCCUGCAUGUUGAUGAGAGGCAUCCGCAGCGGCUACGAAGUCAUGUGAUUCAGCUCCACCUCGGAAUAGGAGGAGCCGGUCGUUCAGAUCACUUAUUGGGAGGCUUUAUUUCAAAACUUUUCAACGUGUUCAUCUUAUCCUUCAGAUAUAAUGCACAGAUCCACAUAUUUCUCUCUUGUUUUGAUUUUGGAUUAUAUUUUCAUAGGUCACCGACGUCUCUGCUUCGAUACUGUACGAGCUUUAGGAGGCUCUGAAUGUUAGGAAAGAUUAAUGUCCACUCUGUUGUUAGUGUAUGUUCUUGUUGGCUGCGAGGGAUUCUAACAUCUUUUACUUGGCUUGUUCUUGAGAUCUGAGUUUUUAUGUUUUGCUCGUUUCCAGUUUCUAUUUUUAUUAAAGACUCUUUAAAUUA